GUGGAUGGUAGGCCUUACGAAAGAAUUUCUGAACGCUUCCUGCUAAAAAUCAAUACUCGAAAAAGUCGAACAUAGUAAUCUGACAGGUUGACAUAUUUGUGAAAAUUCUUUCUUUCUCUUUCCGCUAAACUGUCAAAAACCCGGAGUUUUGAUAGAAUAACAAAAAAUGGCCAAGUCAAAGAAUCACACAAAUCAUAACCAGAACCGUAAAGCACAUCGCAACGGUAUCAAGAGGCCAAUUCGCAAGCGUCAUGAAUCAACCUUGGGUAUGGACCAAAAGUUCUUGACCAACCAAAAGUUCUCCCGCAAAGGUAACUUGUCCGGUGUGGAAGCCAAGAAACGUUUCGAUGAACGUAUGGCUGCCCGUGUAGGCAAACCAAAGCCAGUUACUCUAUAAACUGUUUGGUGAUGAGACGUUAAAUAAAAGAUCAUUUUUUUAAGAAAAA